AUGAGAGUUGUCACUAUUAUAUUUUCCGAAAACACCUAAUCUUAUAAAUAUUUGAUUUCUUCCUUAUAAAAUAAGCAAGAUAAUUUUGGAUUUAUAAUGUAAAACUUAAUAAUCAAAGAAUAGAAAAUUCAAUAUUAUUUAUAAAGAAAAAAAAUGAAUUUUGCAAAGGCAUAAAAUGAAGAUUUUUAUAGGAUUUUGGCCCAAUCUAAACUUAUUGAUAAAGAAGUCUUGAUUAUUCUGAUUAAAAUAUUGAAAAGAGAGUAAAUAUAAGAUUGUCUAAAUUUUCUCUCGUAAGAUUAAACUCUAAGGUUCGUCGGAUAAGAAAUACUAUAAGAAGUAAAUUCAUCACUAAUUGAAAAGCAAUAGAUGCUUAAUGUUACAACGAAUCAAAUUAAGAGGAUAACAGAUGUUCUCAAAAAAAUUAAAGAUCAUUAAUUUAAUAAACUGAAUUAUUCAAUAGAUGAAUAUGAAGUAAUUAAAUAAGAUCUGAUCAAAUAAAUAUCUUAAGAUAAAAAGAUUAUAGAAUUAUUAAAAUUUUUUGUUAAUUUGACUGGUUUAGAUGAAAGAUUUAUACAGUGCGGAUCAAAUUCUCUUCAUUUAUUAGUUUAAAUGAAGGCUGAUUUGAAAGAAUAAUCGUUUUAAAAUAUUAGAAUUACCAAUACUUCACUAUAAGGGGCAAAUUUUGUGAGAUGUGACUUAAGUGGAUCCAAAUUUAACAAUGUCAUUAUUAGUGGAAUAAAUUUAAACGGAGCAAAAUUGUUUAAUUGUUAAUGGGUAGAUUUAAUAAUAAAUGAGGUCAUGGAGUUAAAUGGAAAUUAUAAUUAAGUCAAUGUAGUUCAAUUUUCUCCAGAUGGUAAGUCAUUAGCUUCCUACAGUGAUGAUAGCUUGAUUCGUUUGUGGUAUGUUAGAACAGGAAAAAUAAAGUCUAUUUUCAAAGGUAAGAGCAAAGUAAAAUCAAUCUGCUACUCUUAAAAUAGUACUAUAUUAGCUUAUUGUAGCCGAAAAUUUGUUCACUUAUGGAAUUCUAGAACAGGGAAGCAAAUUAUUAAAUUAGUUGGUCAUAUUUCCAAUAUAUAUUCUAUAUGUUUUUCUUCUGAUGGUAAUACAGUAGCAUCUGGUAGUGCUGAUAACUCUAUUCGUCUAUGGGAAGUUAAGACAGGAUAAUAAAACUGCAAAUUAGAUGGUCAUACUAGCUCAGUUUAUUCAGUCAAUUUCUCUCCUGAUGGUACUAAGUUAGUAUCUGGUAGUUGUGAUAAGUCAAUCCGUUUAUGGGAUAUUAAGACUGGAUAAUAAAAAGUCAAAAUAGAUUGUCAUACUAGAAGUAUUAAUUCAGUUUGUUUUUCUCCUGAUAGUGUUACAUUAGCAUCUUGUAGCUCUGAUAAAUCUAUAUGUUUGUGGAACUCAAAAUUAGGAGAAUAAAUAGCCAAAUUAGAUGGUCAUACUAAUACUGUAUUGUCAAUCUGUUUCUCUCCUAGUGGUGAUACAAUAGCAUCUGGUAGUUCGGAUAAUUCUAUCAGAAUAUGGGAUGUUAGGACACGAUAAUAAAAAAUAAAAAUAAUUGGUCAUACUAGACCUAUUUUAUCAGUUUGUUUCUCUCCUGACGGUACGAUACUAGCAUCUGGUAGUGAAAAUAGGGCUAUCUGUUUAUGGAAUGCUCAGAUCGGAUAAGAAAAUAACAAACUAGAUGGUCAUACCGGUUUUGUAAAUUCGCUUUGUUUUUCCCCUGAUGGAACUAUCUUAGCCUCUGGUAGUAAAGAUAAGUCUAUCUGUUUAUGGGAAGUUAAAACAGGAGAAUAAAAAGCCAAAUUAGAAGGUCAUUUGAAUGAUGUUAGGUCAGUUUGUUUCUCUGCUGAUGGUACUAAAAUAGCAUCAGGUAGUGAUGAUAUGUCUAUCCGUUUAUGGGAUGCUAAGACAGGGUAGUAAAAAAGAAAAUUAGAUGGUCAUACUAGCUCAGUUUAUUCAGUCAAUUUCUCUCCUGAUGGUACUGCAUUAGCAUCUGGUAGUUAGGAUAAGUCUAUCCGUUUAUGGGAUGUUAGGACAGGAUUAUAAAAAGCUUAAUUAAUUGGUCAUCUAGACACUGUUAGAUCAGUCCGUUUCUCUCCUGAUAGCAAUACUUUAGCAUCUUGUAGUCAUGAUUUAUCUAUCCGUCUAUGGGAUGCUAAUACAGGAGAAUAAAAAGCAAAAUUAAAUGCUCAUACUGAUAAAGUAUUGUCAAUCUGUUUCUCACCUAAUGGUGAUACAAUAGCAUCUGGUAGUUCGGAUAAUUCUAUCAGAAUAUGGGAUGUUAGGACAAGAUAAUAAAAAAUAAAAAUAAUUGGUCAUACUAGACCUAUUUUAUCAGUUUGUUUCUCUCCUGACGGUACGAUACUAGCAUCUGGUAGUUUUGAUAAGUCUAUUCGUUUAUGGGAUAUUAAGACAGGAUAAUAAAAAGCUAAAUUAGAUGGUCAUUAUCAAUGUGUUAUGCAAGUCUGCUUCUCUCCUGAUGGCUCUAAAUUGGCGUCUGGUAGUAGAGAUAAUUCCAUCCGCUUAUGGGAUGUAAAAAUCAGGCAAUAAAUCUUGCAUUCAGAUGAUUGUUACCAAGAUUAUAGAGCAUAAUUUAUACCCUAAAUCUCUUCAGAUAACAUCCUUAUAGAAAGUUGUAUUUAUUUUUCUCUAAUCUUUAGGUACUUCUUAUAUUACUGUUUUACUAAUAUCACAAUAACUAAUAUUUUAAUCAAAUGGUGCUCUAAUCUUGAAUGGAGAAUUUAUUAAUCAGUCAGGCAUAGAUUUAUUGACUUUGUUUAAAUAAAGAGGAAGUUCUUUUUUAUAAGGCUAACUAAAACUAUGA